CUGAGUGAUCCAGUCAACACGGAACAAUCUGGUGCUGGGCAGAUAAGCCUCAUCGGCAAAGGCAAGGGCGACUGGAAUGGCCAUUUCUGGCUCGUCAGGCGCCACCAGCCAAUUAUACCCAAGCCCAAGUGCAUCCGAAUCUUCACAAACGUGGAUAGCGUACCUUCGAACCUGGGUAAUAACGGCACCUAUGUGCUGCAGGAGUACAUAACCAAUCCUCUGCUGGUUGACGGCUACAAGUUUGAUCUGCGGGUCUACGUCCUUAUCACCUCUUGCUGUCCUUUGCGGAUUUUUGUUUACAAUGAAGGCUUGGUGCGGGUCAGUGCUGAGAAAUACAUCAGUCCGAUUGAACCAAAUGGCGAAUCCAUGUACAGACACCUGACCAACUACACCCUGAACAAGCGUCACCACCAGUAUGUUCGUUGCGACGAUGAGUCCACUGGUAGCAAACGUUCCUUCGCCUUUCUGGACAACUACAUUCAGGUCAACCUCGAGUCUGAUCCGCAAAUCAUCUGGCGUCGCAUUCGAAACCUCAUAGUCAAAACUAUGAUAAUCGGUGCACCACACAUCAAUCAUGCCUACCGCCUUUUUCACCGAGGGAGCGGCCGGCCCAGUAGUCUCAGUUAUCCUUCCUGCGAGGCUCCCCGGCCAGCGAAAGGUGUCAGCAGAACGGUCUCAAGUUCUCAAAUAUCUGAUCGUAGGGGCUGGAACGUGGCGGCACCUCCUGCUCAGCGAACAGUAAAAAACAACUCCAGUUCUACGGGCCGAAAGGCACCAGCCACCGCUGAGGUCGUCACCGAUCGAGCAAGUAUUGCCAUGCGAUCGGCUGCCUUUGAGAUCCUUGGUUUUGACAUUCUGCUGGAUCGCAACCUACGGCCCUGGCUCAUAGAAGUUAACCGCUCACCAUCGUUCGGCUGCGAUCAGGAAUUAGAUUUGCGAGUAAAGUCGGGCUUACUGCGUGAUGCUCUACACCUAAUCAAUAUACGACCAUCCGACAAGCAAAUGGCAGAAGAGGCAAUGAAGGUGCGUUCAAUAAGACGACUCCUUUCAGCCUCUCCAAGCCAGACAUUGCUCUCUUCAAUGUCCCACGAUUCAAUUCCGAUGCAUCGUCUCAGCCCAAAGUCAAUGUCCAACGCCAGUAACAGGACCAGAAACGAUAUUUAUGCAAAACACGGAAGUCUAAAUUCUCAGGAUCUGGCAGCCGACUGGCUGCAAAAACCUUCGGAAUUGUAUCGGCGAAUUCGCGAACUGGUAUGCCUGAAAACGUUAUUUUUUUUCAAUUGA